AAAGCAAGGAAAAAUAAAUCUGUUUGUGUUUCUUUGGAUACAUCGGCAUCAAAGGCAUCGGUUGCUCUUUAAUGUUUUGUUCUAUUGAACAGAAUAUUAGUCAUUUCCUGAUUCCACAAUGAGGGAUAAGUCAUGCUGAGCUAAGAAGAAUGAAAGGCUUGCAAGUUUCACAUUGAAAAUUUCAGUGUUAUAGAAGAGAAGAUCCAUGACAAAGUUUGCGUUUUAGACGGGAAGACAUUUGACCAUCUGUAAUUUAGAAAUCAAGGAAUGGUUACACAAGGCUGUGUCUAAAGAGUCCAACUAUGUCGACUGCAGAACCUGAGUUGUUUACUGACUACUAUGAUUAUAAUGAAACUGAUCAUGACCUUGUUUACUUGUGUGAGAAUCAUGAGACCAACUUAUUUGGAGCCAAGUUUACGCCAGUCUGGUACAGCAUAUCCUUCAUUCUUAGCCUGGUUGGGAAUGCUCUGGUUCUGUGGGUCCUGGUGAGAUAUGAGAAGCUGAGCUGUGUAACAGACAUCUUUAUCCUGAAUCUCGUCGCCUCUGAUUUGCUUUUUGCCUUCUCUCUCCCGUUCUGGGCUGUGGAUCAUACAUCUGGAUGGAUCUUUGGCAAGGCCAUGUGCAAAAUAAUGAGUGCAAUUUUUUUCAUUGCCUACUACAGUGGGAUCAUGCUGUUGACAUUGAUGACUGUCGACCGAUACUUCACAGUAGUCCAUCCUGUGUUUUCUUUCAGAAUCAGAAAGAUCUCUCAUGCUGUAACAGCUAGCUUAGUUGUUUGGGGAGUUAGCAUCUCAGUUACAAUCCCUGAGAUGAUCUUCUCUGAUAUUGAAGUUAACUGGGAAGAAAGCUUCUCCUGUGUAAGUAGGUACCCACCCGAGAGUGCGCAUAUAUGGUCACUGUUAGGGUAUUAUCAGCAAAAUCUCUUAUUCUUCUUAUUCCCCUUUGCUGUUAUUGUGUUCUGUUACUGUAGAAUUCUCAACACGGUCAUUAGGUGUAAAGCGAGGAAGAAACACAAAACAGUGAAAGUUAUCUUGUGUAUUGUGGUGGUGUUCUUUCUGUGUUGGGCGCCUUACAAUGUAGUCAUCUUCCUGUUCUCUUUGGUCGAACUCCAAGUCCCAGAGUUCUUAACCUGUGAGAUGAAUAACCAUCUGACCUACGCGUUUUACAUUUCCCGGAGCAUCGCUUACUGCCACUGCUGUCUCAACCCCUUCUUUUAUGCUUUUGCGGGUACAAGGUUCAGGAAACAUUUAACCAAGAUAGCGAGUAAACAUUUUCCUUACAAAGGGAUCUAUAAGCAACCCAAAUACAGACACAGAAGUCAUCAUCUGAGUAGUUCAAAUGAGUAUUCCAAUGCUUCUACAUUUUGCACAAGUUAUCUUUAAUUUGUUCAUAAGCCAUUGCAAAAUAGAACCAGUCAUUUAUAGAGUGAGAUUCAAUUCAGCCAUUUACACCAUGAGAUUAAUCCAAUCAAUUCAUUUUGUGUGAGAUAGAUUGAAUAGAAACAUUUAGUGUGGGAGAGAUCCAAUCCCAUCAUUUAUUUUGAGAUGAACCCAAUCCAAGCAUCUACAAUGUGCAAUAACAACAAGAGCAACUUGCAUUUUCAUAGCACAAUUAACAGCAACAGCAUGUAUUUAUAUAGCACCUUUAAUGUCCCAAGGUCUUUCUCAAAUGCAUUUUUAAUCAAAAUUUGGCACAAACCACAAAAGCAAUUAUUAGGAUAGGUGACAAAAAGCUUUGUCAAAGAGGUAGGUUUUAAGGAAGAGACAGAGGUAAAAAACAUAGCGAUAUAGAAAGGAAAUUCCAGAGUUAAGGACUAGGCAACUGAAAACACCGCCACUAAUGACAGAGUGAAGAAAAUGAAGAAAAUAGUUUCAGUCCAGCCAUUUACAGUGAGAUGAAUCCAAUUAAACACUUAAGACAGUGAUAAUCACUCAUGUUAGCCAUUUACAAUUCAAGAUAUAUCCAUUCAAACCCUUUACAGUGUGAGGUACACCCAAAUGAGCAUUUUACAGUGUGAGAUAAUCCAACGGUUGCAUAUUUAGGACAGCCAUAAAUAUCUUAUUGUGUUCAGGAUCAACGUGUUUUCAGGAGUUACCUACACUUACAUGGACUGCAGCCAUUCAAGAAGGCAUCUCACCGACACUUCCUAAAGGGCAAAGACCAAAUGUACAAUAUUGCUGAGCUGUCUUUAUCCAGCAACUUAGUUACUCCCUCAGAAAAUUCAACUAGGUUGGUGAGUCAUGACUUUCUUUUCUAGAAGCCACGUUCUGAGUCUUUGAUAACACCUAGUCUGACUGAGAUACUGGGCAUCUCGGAUAAUCCCUUCGAACAAUUUCCCAAUAACUGAGGUUAAGUUAAUGGGCCUAUGGUUCCCCGGUUCUUACUUGUUGCCCUUUAUAAAUAUAGGUACUACAUUAGCCUUCCCACCAAUCCAUCUACAAUAGCACAAUCAAGGGAUCCAACAAUACCAUGCUCUUGUAAUGUGAACUGGAUUUUUGUGUAGUUUGCAUGUGUGAAUGUAAGCAAAUGCUUGGCUAUAUGAGUUGAUAUAAAUCGUUAAGCCUCAUUAUUUCACAGCAAGUAAAUAAACAGAGCUGCAACUAUUUCAAUAAAAACCACUUGUCUUCAUGUAACAAUAGACACCUUAUGCUCUCCUAUGUCUUACUGCAUUUAAACAGCCUAAUUCCUUGCAUUCUGUCAUUUAACCUGGCAGAAUGCUCUGCAGUCUACUGUCUUUCACAUCCCAUAGUCUGAGUUAGGAUUGGAACUAUCCCAUCCCACUCAACCGCAGAAUCCACCCUACCUUCACAAACAUCCCUGCUGAAUUCAGAUAGAGUUGUCACAGUAGAAAUAGGUACAAAAAAUCACUAGAAUGUUGAACUAUCUUUUAUUGUCUAUAGCACACUGAAUCAAUUGUCCCUUUUGAAUUUUAAUCCUUAAUUGCAAACCUUGCUGUCCCACCAAUUUAGUAACUUGAAAGCUAAGUUUAUUUCAGAAGAACUAUUUGAACACAUACUACAGGAUGAAGGAUGUCAGAAUGAUUUAAACCCCAAUCUAGAGACUUGAGAAGGUAAUUUUGGGUGAUAUUUCAGUGUUGUACUGGAGUAGUGCUCCACUGUUAUCUUAUUAAAGCACACUUUAUCUCAUUAAACUGUAGAUUAACUUUUUCUUGACACUUCAUCUACAUUUAUUUCAUUUGGCAAUAUUUCUUUAACACUAUGAUAUUUCAUUAACCAUUCAUAACUGUUCACAAUCUCACUAACUGUAUAUUUUCUCAUUAACCUUGAGUAUGUAUGUUAACAGUUAUCCUUACAACAUUAACUUGUUAUUUAAUUAAUUGUACAUUAUCUCAAGUUAUAUGUUAUUUGAUUGAGCCAUUUAUUAUCUUAUUAAUUGCAUUACUUCAUUAUGUUGCACAUUGUCUCAUUAAAAUUCACAUUUGCUUAUGAA